UGAUAAUGAAAGAACCUCCUCAUUUUGAGGCGGCAGAUUAGUCUGCUUUCACUGGAAGGCCUAACAGAUCUGCAUCAUUGCUCGUAUAUUUGCAAGCGCCAGAUUCCACCAGCAAGCUUCAAACUAGAGAUAUUCCUCUGCUUGUUCCUUCCAUCAUCAAUUACUUAAGGGCCUUCUGAACGAGUCAUUGAAACCGGUGCCAUGCUUCUAAAACUCCCCACAGAACUGAUACAACUUGUUUUUCUAUACUCAACUACACCAGCCUUUCUGCAGGCAGCUUUCGCUUGUCGCACGCUCUAUGCCAUUGCCUCCAACUGCCGGGAGAUUCUAUUGCAUCAUCUGUACCAAACCCCAGGGGUGAAUGAGGAUCUUCUACCUGCCGACUCAAAGCAAUUGUUCCGGGUGCUCCAAAAACGUGCGUCCCAGCAACUAUAUGGUGCCCAGUUCACUGCAAGUUGCACUCAGUUCCACUUUGGUUCGUUGGUCCUAGAUGUCAAAGCGUCAUCGCUGGCCCCCUCUGAGCACCAGAUCUUUGCGCUUGUCUACAAAGGACAUGAGGACAUUCAGAUUUUCCGCACCGAGAAUGGCCAGCUUCAGCUUAAAGCUUGCUUGAAACCACACCGACUUCAGCCAGGAGUAGUCGAGGUUCUAAGGACAGCCUUCGAUGCAGAUGAUGGUCUCUAUGUCCUACAACGCUUUACACCUACGACUGAAGAAAGUCCAGACUCGGAGCAUCCGUUCAUCAAACAAGCAUUCAAAUCUUAUAUUAGGGGGCAGGUCUAUCUCAUUCGAUAUUCCCUCCAAUCUCGCCAUGACCCCGUUCGCGUCUGUACGUUUCCAGACCAUGCUGAGUAUGAGCCUCUGGCUCUUGCCGCUGCCCAUCGAGAUUCUUUUGCAAUUUCCUGGCAGCAUUCCCGCGAAAGUGAGGAAUAUGAAGUAGUGCUUUAUAAUGCACAGAGCGCAUCUAGCGCCCACAGCCUACCAAGCGUAAUAGAUGUUGCCUACGAUUCCUGUGUCCUUGUAGACUGGACCAAACAGCGUCAAAAUGAUGACAUACAUUUCCAUGCAAGAAUAGCCAGUUCCCGUUUCAAUUGUGAGAAAGGACCUGUGAUAGAGCUUUCAUUCAACGAUAGAUCAACCCAAAUACUCUAUUACCACCGGGCCCAAACUUUAUAUGGGUCAUUCCAAAAUAUCCAAAGAAUCAAUAUGACUUCUUUCCCGGUCCAGCCUACAUUAUAUCAGAACUCAUCCCUAGUGCAGUUCUCGGGUUCUUUGCGUCUGCUCUUCUCAAUCGCCAUUCCCUUUUAUGGAACACAUGCAACGCGAGUGGAGGAAAACGGCCAUUCCAAAUGUCAGUGGAAAUACCUUGCCUUCGGAGUAGCCACUCAUCGCACAGAAGAUUGGACUGUCGCAUGCUUGUUGAAAUCCGAAGCAUUCUGCUCAUCUGAACAUUGUGGGCAUGUUCUGAACCUCGAACGCGGGCGACGCUUUCUUAACUGGACAGUAGUUGCACGACUUUGGGGCUUUCAGGAUUCGAGUAAUUCCCUCGGUUGUAAAGUCGCUACUUCAAAACAUGGCACACGGAUUGCUGUCGCUAACUGGAAUGUCUUGUACAUCUGGGCAUUGCAGCCCAGUGCACUCAUCGAACAAAAUGCCAACAGAUAUUAUCCGUCCUUGCUGCAGUCCCCAGGUUCGGCAAUGGUCGAACUACGACCACUUGUUAUCCCACUAGAUGCAGUCUGCUUCAAACUACGUUUCACAGAUGCGGAAGACGAAUUGUUGGCUAUCACAGACCGAGGGUUGAUGUAUUGGAAUAUUGGCCCGCUAGGAAGAGGCCAAAGAAUCGCUGAAGAGCUACCCGCUUAGAUGGGUGAUUUGGGAUGAUAUAAGCACGUCAGGGUUGUGGAAAAGCAUAGCAGGGGUCUUUGAUGUUCUCGGAUCACAUGCUAUGGUAUGUACCUGAUCCUACAGUGCGAGUGUGAAUGGGUCAUGGUAUCGACGAGCAGGGCACUCAUGUAUUAGCUGCGAUAUUGU